AUAUUGCAAGACUUCUGGGCCGGCUCCAUACGGUGGUUGUGUACGUGUCCGUGUCAUCCACACGUCUUUUCCUGUUCUCUCUCUCUCUCUCUCUCCCCCUACCAAGUUGGGGAUCUUCUGGUCGAUUCUCGGGUAAGUUUCCUUGAGUAGACGAAACAAUGGACCAGCUUUUCAAAGGAAUAAAAGAAGACGCAUCUGAGUGCCCCUUUGAUGUGAAGGACAUUCAGAGAUGUCCAUUUUUGAGGAACAUCAACAAACCCACCUGCUUUUCCUUUUCCUCAGUUCACCUCCCGCUUCCUGUCAUACCUGGAGCCAAAGGUCCAAUAUUUGAGGAUGGUCCUAGUUUUGAUAUGGCAUUUAAAGUUUUUCAUGGGAAGGAUGGGAUUGUCCCGCUGUCUGGGACGUCUUAUGUUCCUAGCGACAACCCCUAUUUUGAGCCCGCACCAUAUUUCAACCCUUUAGCAGCAAAAGCUGCUACCAUUAGUUUGUCGUCGUUUGGACCUGGAGGGCCUUUCAGUUUUGGUCCAUUGUCUGACAAAUGGAAGAAACAGAAGAAGUCUGAAUCAUCUAGCAAGAAGAAUUCCUCUUCUUCACCAGAAGGAAAUUCAUCAAAGCAUGAGGCGCUUGGAAAUGAAUGGUUAAAAUCAGGAAACUGCCCAAUUGCGAAGUCUUACCGAGCUGUGAGCCAUGUUCUCCCACUUGUUGCAAAAGCAAUUCAGCCACCACCUGGUAUGAAGCUUAAAUGCCCCCCUGCGGUUGUUGCUGCAAGGGCAGCUCUUGCUCGGACUGCCUUCGUCAAGUCCUUACGCCCUCAGCCACUACCUGCAAAAAUGCUCGUCAUUGCAGCCUUGGGUAUGGCAGUUAACGUGCCCUUAGGUGUGUGGAGGGAGCACACCACGAAGUUCUCUCUCUCAUGGUUUACGGCGGUGCACGCGGCCGUUCCCUUCAUAGCCAUGCUUCGGAAGUCCGUCUUAAUGCCUAAAACAGCUAUGGCGUUGACAAUUGCAGCGUCCGUCCUAGGCCAGGUCAUUGGUUCAAGAGCUGAGCGGUUCCGGCUGAAGCAAGUGGCUGAGAGGGGAGGGUCAACUAUGCAGAUUGCAACUGCUGGUGCCAUCCCAGGCCAGGUCAAUGGUGUGACGGUGGCUGAGAGAGGACGAGGAACAUCGCAGAUAGCGAGUGUUGGUGCCAUCGCAGGCUAUAGUGCAACCCAGGUUGAUGGUGUUACAGGUACUCAUUGUGGUGCAGAAGGGAUGAUGCUCAACCCACUUCCUCUCAAGGGCUCUGGGCCAACUUCAUCAGCAAAUGUGUGUUUUUGAAGUCAUUCCUUAGCCAUAAGGAGAUAAUAAAUAAAAUGCAGUGGGAAAGUAUUCAUAGUAAAUGGGGUUCUGAACCUCAAAGAUUUGCCAUUUGCUAAUACUUAAUGAACUACGCGCUUAUUGCGCUUAUUAUACUAUACGAUGUAUUUAGCCUGAAAUGCAUUUGUGUUUCGGGAAAUAAGUUGGCAUUCUUUGAUUUGUGUUUCCUUUCCAUGGGAAUAGAAGAAUGCAUCUGCUUGAAACUCACAUGAACAACGAAUGCGGAGUUCUGUAUGUUUGUACUUGCAUUUCA